CGUGCGACGACGGCGCGGCGCAGGGCGGUAAACAAGAUGGCGGCGGCGUGUCGGUCUCGGAAAGGGGAGGCGGCUCACGGCGUCCGAGAGUGAGGCGCGCGCCGCGGAACGUGCCGCCGGCUUGGAGUUUUCCUCGCGGGCGGCAUCUUCCUGCCCGGACUUCGAUUUCCCCCCUCGCCGCUCCGGCCUCCUGCCUGUCGCGCGGCGGCUCGGCGGCGAGGGGGACGCGCCGCCCGGGGUGAGCUUCCCCCCGUCGGUCUCCGGAAGAUUCCCUGCCCCGACUUCGGUGCCCGCGGCCUGCGGGUGUCCCGGUGCCCCGCGUCCGGGUGGAGUCGCGGAACUAAGGGGCCUCCCGGGGCGUCUGCGCGGGCCGGACAUGGAAGGCUCGGACUGGCCUCGGUGCUGCCGCCUUGGGCGCCGGAGCGCGGGGCCCAAGUGGCGACCAUGACCUAGCGGCCCGCGAGCCGCGACGGCGGACCGUCGCCUCCUUCCGAAGCAGCGUCCCCGGGGACCCGAGUUUGGGGGACGCGAGGGUUGGGGGCUCGUUAAUUUUUUCAUAUUUUUAUUCUUUUCUGCUCCGUGAACAUCUAGAAGAAGGGGGGAAAAAUCAAAAGUGAAGAAUUGGCUCCCGCGAAGGGGACGUGGACCCGGUUGAGGGGACCGGGAGGUUUGGGGAGGUCGUUCUUUUUUCCCCUUUUUCUUUUUACUUCUUGAACAUUUGGAAGAAGCGGGGGGGUGGGGUGGAAUUCGAAUUCGAAAAGAAUUGACAUCCCCGAAGGGGACGAGGACAAAGACUGGGCCAGGAUGGACGUGGCGGACCCCCAGCCGCUGGGUCUGUUCCCAGAGGGCGAGCUGAUGUCGGUGGGCAUGGACACCUUCAUCCACCGCAUCGACUCCACCGAGGUGAUCUACCAGCCGCGCCGCAAGCGCGCCAAGCUCAUCGGCAAGUACCUGAUGGGGGACCUGCUCGGGGAGGGCUCGUACGGCAAGGUGAAGGAGGUGCUGGACUCCGAGACCUUGUGCCGCAGGGCGGUCAAGAUCCUCAAGAAGAAAAAGCUGCGCAGGAUCCCCAAUGGCGAGGCCAACGUCAAGAAGGAGAUCCAGCUGCUGCGGCGGCUGCGGCACCGGAAUGUGAUUCAGCUGGUGGACGUGCUGUACAAUGAGGAGAAGCAGAAGAUGUAUAUGGUGAUGGAGUACUGCGUGUGUGGCAUGCAGGAGAUGCUGGACAGUGUGCCGGAGAAGCGCUUCCCUGUGUGCCAGGCCCAUGGGUACUUUCGCCAGCUGAUUGACGGCCUGGAGUACCUACACAGCCAGGGCAUUGUGCACAAGGACAUCAAGCCGGGCAACCUGCUGCUCACCACCAACGGCACGCUCAAGAUCUCCGACCUGGGUGUUGCCGAGGCCCUGCACCCCUUUGCUGUGGAUGACACCUGCCGGACAAGCCAGGGCUCCCCAGCCUUCCAGCCACCCGAGAUCGCCAAUGGACUUGACACCUUCUCAGGUUUCAAGGUGGACAUCUGGUCAGCUGGGGUCACACUCUACAACAUCACCACGGGCCUGUACCCAUUCGAGGGAGACAAUAUCUACAAGCUGUUUGAGAACAUCGGGAGAGGGGACUUCACCAUCCCUUGCGACUGCGGCCCACCACUUUCUGACCUGCUCCGAGGGAUGUUGGAGUAUGAGCCAGCCAAAAGGUUCUCCAUCCGACAGAUCAGGCAGCACAGCUGGUUCCGGAAGAAACACCCGUUGGCUGAAGCACUGGUGCCCAUCCCCCCGAGCCCAGACACUAAGGACCGUUGGCGCAGUAUGACAGUGGUGCCCUACCUGGAAGACUUGCAUGGCCGUGCCGACGAGGACGAGGAUGAGGACUUGUUUGACAUUGAGGAUGGCAUCAUCUACACCCAGGACUUCACGGUGCCCGGUCGUGGAAGAGGAAGUGGGUCAAAAUGGACAGACCCGCAGCCUGCCCAAAGCUGUGUGUGUAAAUGGCACAGAGCCCCAGCUCAGCAGCAAGGUGAAGCCAGAAGGCCGACCCGGCACCUUCAACCCUGCUCGCAAGUCGUGCUCCAGCAACAAGAUCCGCCGACUCUCAGCCUGCAAGCAGCAGUGACUGCAGCCUGCAGUGUGUCACCAGGAUUACCGGGCAUGUGCCCAGCAAGGCUGCGGUUCUCGGCCCACCCAUGUGGACUGGGCAUUGGAGCCGAGGGUGGACCACUGCCCCAGAAAGCACUUUAUGUCGAGACCACUGGCCGGCCUCGCCCGCAUGCCACCCCGCAAGCCUCGCUGUCUUUGGGUUGGGUUUUUUUGUUGUUGUUGUUGUUGCUUUUUUUUUUUUUUUUUUUUUUAAUAAAACAAGUGGAUUUGAGCUGUGGCUGUGAGGGUGUUUGGAGCAGGCGGGGCACGGGGUGGCCUGCAGAAAAAACCCAGAGCGAGUGAAUAUGCAGAGACAUUUAUGAUCAACCAGACAACACAACUACCCACACAGGGCACAGGGCAGGGAGUGGGCAGGCUCUCAAGGCGAGGCUGCCCUACAUUUUGGCAAUAAAUAAAGCUUGGGAAACUUGAAGCUG